AUGGGGAGCAUCUCCCCCGGCGGGAGUAUAGCUUUGGGAAUCCUUGUCGGCCUGAUAUCGACCAGCGUCCAAAGCCUUGGUCUCACCUUGCAGCGGAAAUCGCAUAUUCUCGAAGAUGAAAAGAGUCCCCAUGAUGUGCGGCGCCCACCAUACCGGAGGCGGAGGUGGCAGCUAGGCAUGGGAAUGUUUGUUAUCGCAAACCUAUUGGGCAGCACGAUUCAGAUUUCCACGCUUCCAUUGCCUGUACUUUCGACCUUGCAGGCCGCCGGCCUCGUAUUUAACUCGAUAUGCGCGACAUUGAUCCUGAACGAACCGUUUACGCGAUGGUCUCUCUGCGGCACGCUGUUGGUGACGACUGGCGCUGUGUUGAUUGCGAUAUUCGGGGCCAUACCAUCUCCGGCACACGACUUGAAGGAGUUGCUCAUUUUGCUGGGAAGACGGCCCUUUGUCGUCUGGAUGAUAUUACAGGCCCUGUUUGUCUUGGGCCUCGCCACCGUUACAGAUGUCGUCAACAACAUGUCGAGCAUUUCACACAACUCUCGAUUCAGACUUGCGCGUGGCAUUAUAUACGGCGUCAUCAGUGGAGAUUUGUCGGCACAUGCGUUGCUUUUUGCCAAAUCAGCGGUAGAAUUGUGCAUCAAGACCGUCGGCGGCAAUAAUCAAUUUUCUCAUUGGGAGUCUUGGGCCAUUGUUCUCGGCCUGGUCUCCCUCGCGCUCUGUCAACUUUACUACUUACAUCGAGGGCUGAAGCUAGUCUCCACCUCGGUUCUUUAUCCGCUUGUGUUUUGUGUAUACAACAUUAUUGCCAUUCUAGAUGGACUAAUAUAUUUCAACCAGGUGAGCUUGAUUCCGCCGCUGCAUGCCGGGCUCAUCGCCCUCGGCACGGUUAUCCUGCUCUCCGGUGUUCUCGCCCUUUCGUGGCGGCUCAGCGACGAACAACAUGCUCCAGGGGUCGGUCAGUCAACGCUGGCCCCGGGACUUGGGCUCGUCGACGAUACAGAAGGGGAAGAAGAGUCCCUGCUUAGCUCGGAGGCUGCCGUGGAGGAGGAAAGCAGCUCUUCGGGUUAUCAGACGUUUCCUAUUGCGAACGGCGACACCACGCCUCUGACGCCAACGCAGAAGAAGAAUUUUAGAUGGGCAGAAAGAGCAGAGAUUUGGGGAGAGUUGGAGGAUCAGGAGGAACCGACUACUCCGACAGGACGCUUGCGUUCAACGACUUUGCCUGGACGAUCAGAAGUCUCUCCAUUGCUACCUCCUUCGAGGAGAUCAGUCAGCGGUACCUCAGCCGCAGGUGGCGAGGCCGGUCCGAGCAACGAGUCUACCCCUCAUAGAUUUGGUAGGAGGAGGAGAAGUACGGGAUUUCCGGGUCUGGUUGCACGCCGAAACAUACGACAGCGGCAAUCCUCAAUAUCGGGGUCUAUCGGUGGCCUGCUUCAAUCUAUACCAUGGCUUAGAGGGCGUGGGAAACGAUCAUCGAUGAGUAGCUCCAUAACGGGAGACAGCAUGUCGCGACGGUACGAUGAUGACAACGGAGAUGAUGCACCAAGUCAAAGGGGAAGAGGAGGCAACGAUUCGGCUGUAUAA